CCCCUUGCGCUCCUCCUUCCAGAUGAGAGUAGCUGUCGUCCUUCUCCCUUUGCCCAGUUCUGCGGUUCUUCCUCUUUUCCCAGAAAGCUUUGAAGAGGAUCUGUAGCAAACGCAUGGCAAUAAAUUGGUUCACUUGGUCAGGAAGAGUCGAAGGAAAAAGAGAUUUCUUGUGGCUCUGAAGGUCCCCGUGAGGUCCUGCCAGGCUCCCUCAGUGUCUGCGGAGGGUUUGGAGAGCUGAUCUUGAGCUCAAAGAGGCAAUGGGGUUAGAUCUGGACUGUCCAACUCCCAGGGGCUUUAGUGAUGGAAACACCAGUUCUUCAGGUGUAGGCUCUUCUCCAAACGCUUCUGAGACAUCUUGUGCUGACGGUCAUCCCAUGGCAGGCUGGGUGCACAUGGGGAGGGGAGGCUGUUUGCGGCAGCGGGUGCCGAUCCUGUUUUUCUUGGUUACAUGAUGUUCCCUGCUGUGUGUGCGGGUCGUUCUCAUUGAGCCAGUUCCUGAACUUUACCCAGAAAGCACAUGCAUGGCAGCUCUUGCAGAGCUUGCAGAAUUUGGGGCUGGAAAUCAGGAAGUGAGCUGUGAUGCUGGGUCUCGUGCCUGCAGAAAUGUGAGUCCUGUGAUGAGGUCCCAGCUCCCCAGCUGUGUGACCAGGGCGCAAUCCACUAUCAAAAGGCAGUAGCGUCCUCAACCUGAAUUCAGAGGACAAGAGGAUCAGCAAAGGGAUCUUCUGUACUUCUGCACUGCUGUGGUCCCAGCCUGGUUGUUGGCUACUACCCUGCUUGAUGGAGCUAGUGCUGCUGGAAACGCUCCUCAUGGCAGUUGGCUGAGCCUGGUGUGGGAACACUGGUGGGACGCAGCGGGCAGCGUGUGUUGCAGUAGGAGGGAAGGAUCUUGCCACCAGACGGAAGAUGGCUCAGGGCACCGGGAGCAUCAACAGUGACUACAAGGACUGGGAGUGGAGUGCUGAUGCUGGGGAACGGGCCAGGCUCCUACAGAGCCCCAGUGUGGAGACGGUACCCAAGAGUGGAGAGAGCCAAGGAGACAGUCUGGGGGCCACCUCCGCUCUGGGAGCUGUCUUCAUCGUGGUGAACGCUGCCCUUGGGGCUGGGUUGCUCAACUUCCCCGCUGCCUUCAACAUGGCUGGUGGUGUGGCUGCAGGCAUCACGCUGCAGAUGUGCAUGCUGGUCUUCAUCAUUGGAGGCCUAGUCAUCCUGGCGUACUGCUCGCAGGCCAGCAAUGAGCGGACGUACCAGGAGGUGGUGUGGGCUGUGUGUGGGAAGGUACCCGGAGUGCUGUGCGAGGUAGCUAUCGCUGUUUACACCUUUGGCACUUGCAUUGCUUUCCUCAUCAUCAUCGGAGAUCAAGAGGACAAGAUCAUUGCUGCGCUCGUGACAGAGCCUGAGGGAGCAGGGAGCAGCCACUGGUACACAGACCGCAAGUUCACCAUCAGCAUCACUGCCUUCCUCCUCAUCCUGCCUCUCUCCAUCCCCAAGGAGAUCGGCUUCCAGAAAUAUGCCAGCUCUCUAAGUGUGAUUGGCACAUGGUAUGUCACUGCAGUCAUUAUCAUCAAGUACAUCUGGCCUGACAAGGAGCUUGCGCCUCUGGAGAUCCCCACCAGCCCCUCCACAUGGAUGGCUGUGUUCAAUGCUAUGCCUACCAUCUGCUUCGGAUUCCAGUGCCACGUGAGCAGCGUGCCCGUCUUUAACAGCAUGAAGCAGCCGGAGGUGAAGACCUGGGGGGCAGUGGUGACAGCAGCCAUGGUGAUCGCUCUUUUUGUCUAUACAGGCACUGGUGUCUGUGGCUUCCUCACUUUUGGGGCCAGCGUGGACCAGGAUGUGCUGCUCUCCUACCCCUCCAAUGAUAUCCCUGUUGCUCUUGCUCGGGCCUUCAUCAUCCUAUGCGUGCUGACGUCCUACCCGAUCCUGCACUUCUGUGGCCGGGCUGUCCUGGAGGGCCUCUGGCUCCGCUACACUGGGGUGACAGUGGAGGAGGACGUGGUGCGGGAGCGGCGGAGGCGCCUGCUCCAGACUGUCAGCUGGUUCCUCCUAACUCUCCUCCUGGCGCUGUUCAUCCCUGACAUUGGCAAAGUCAUCUCUGUCAUCGGAGGCUUGGCCGCCUGCUUCAUCUUUGUCUUCCCAGGGCUCUGCCUGAUUCAAGCCAAACUCUCCGAGAUACAAGAAACCAGACCAGUCAGCUGGUGGGCCCAGGUCAGCUAUGGGGUGUUCAUGGUCACACUUGGAGCUUUCAUCUUUGGACAGACCACUGCCAAUGCCAUCUUUGUGGAUCUCACAGCUUGACUCCUCCUCCAGGCUGGUCCAUGCUGCUGAUGAGGGGAAGUAGAUUUCCCAUGGGACCAGAGGGGCGGGGAGAGAAAAAAUUUUGGCAUAUUGGGGACAUACAAGAGGAAUGUUAUAAUUUGGGGCUUUGCUGAAAGAGUCCUGCAGUGACUUGUAUUUAACUGUCUUAACUGACACCAGGCAGUCAGACUUGGCUUUUCAGCCCUGACUCUCUGGUAAAACCAGAGCAUCACUACAAGGAGACCUCGGAUCCAGCGGAGAGGAGUGCACCGUGAAACCACACGGUGGAGAGCCCCGCUCCCUCCGUGCUGACUUCCAGGUCAAAUCUUUUCUACUGCUCCAGGGGCAGACAUCACUAAGGGAUCAUGUUUGGGAUUUGCACAGGCAAGUACACUGCUCUUGCCUGCCUACCUCUGGGUCAGGAGAUCUCCUCUCCAGCACUUUCACAGUUUAAACUCCUUGUUCUGACGGCAAUGUUAGAGGGAGACAGUGUAUCUUGUAUAAAGGGAACUACUAUCCAUGCUUUAACUUGCAGUCAGUCAGGACAUGCUGUGGUCAGGAGAGUGUAAGACAAAUGGUGCGUCUGCAGAAAGGGAGAGUUCUGCUUUGGCAGAAAGCAAAGGGCUCUUUGCCCCACUAAGCAGUGUGGGGAAGAUGGGCCCUGGCUGGUUUGAAUAAGCUAUAAAGUGAGUGAGUUUUACUGUGCCUGAGUGCAGCAAUUCCUCCACCAUGUUAACGCCAGUAGCUUAGACAGGGUGAUACCCCUGUAGUCCUCUCCUGCGUCUGUGUUUUGUUUGGUUUGAAUUUGGUGUUCCUGUGACUCAUCUCACCAGUCUUCUGUUCCAGCUCAGUGCUGCAGAGUUACUGUUACAUCUGCCUCUGACUGGGCUACACUUUCUGUUAGAAAGUGGGAAUUUUUUUGCAUCGAGCCUGACGCUAACAUGUGUCGUUUGCGGAAGGAGGGUCAGGAAGACCCCACGGAUAGCG